CAAGCAAUGGUGGCCAAACAGCGGAUCCGGAUGGCUAACAAGAAGCACAGCAAAAACAUCACACAGAGAGGGAACGUAGCCAAAACCCUGAGACCACAAGAAGAGAAAUACCCUGUGGGCCCGUGGCUGCUGGCACUGUUUGUUUUUGUUGUCUGUGGAUCAGGUAUGGACACUGCCCCUGAGAACAAAUGAAGGGUGUUUCAAUGCUAGCCUUCACCUCCAUGUUAUUCUUUAGAGUGGAGAAAAUGUGUUUUAUUUACAAGGACAGCCUAUUAGAAGUAUAUCAGUUUCAGACUCUUAGUAAUUAUUGCCUUGGUCUUGAGCUGAUUCAUUUUUUUUAAAAUAUAGAAUGUUUAACGAAAUUGCAUGUCUUCCUUGUGCAGGGGCCAUCCUAACCUUUUCUGUAUCAUUCCAGUUUCAGUAUAUGUGCUACCGAAGCAAGCAUGAGUUGAUCCAUUGUUAAAGGGGACAUAGGUCUUUCUUGUCUUGGUGAACAAAGCUCACAGGUACCAUGUGACAUCUAUUCUGUCCC